CUUAUAAAUCAUCGCCAUUAUCUUCGUUUUCAUCUGAAUCUCAAGUUCCUCUGAUUCUCCAUGGAGACUCUCUCCGCCCUCCCUUCCUCUUCAUGGCCGGACUCCAACUCCAAUCCCAACACUCCGCCUGCUGUUGCCGACUCCGAACGUUUCGAUUCCGAUUCCGUUUCAUCGUUGCCGCCUCAAUCGCCGAAGACAGUGGAGACGGCUGGUUUGUCCACGGCGGCGGUUGAUUCGCUCGCUUUGCAGCCUUCUCUUCUUCAUCUCUCCUUCAAUCAAGACCAUGGCUGCUUUGCUGCGGGCAGUGAUCGAGGGUUUCGGAUCUACAAUUGCGAUCCGUUCCGUGAGAUUUUCAGAAGAGAUUUUGAGCGUGGGGGUGGUAUUGGCGUUGUGGAGAUGCUUUUUCGGUGUAAUAUUUUGGCUCUUGUUGGUGGUGGACCUGAACCUCAGUACCCGCCUAAUAAGGUCAUGCUUUGGGAUGAUCAUCAGAGCCGGUGUAUUGGGGAGCUGUCGUUUCGGUCUGCUGUUCGGGGGGUUCGGCUACAGAGAGACCGAAUUAUUGUUAUUUUGGAGCAGAAGGUUUUUGUGUACAAUUUUGCGGACUUGAAGCUGCUGCAUCAGAUCGAAACUAUUGCGAAUCCUAAAGGGCUUUGUGCUGUUUCUCAGCUGAGUUCUUCGCUUGUGCUUGUCUGCCCUGGAUUGAUUAAGGGGCAGGUUAGGGUUGAGCAUUAUGCUUCUCGACGGACAAAGUUUAUCAUGGCUCACGACUCGAGGGUUGCUUGCUUUGCGCUUACGACCAACGGGCAGUUGCUUGCUACAGCGAGCUCCAAGGGAACUUUGGUUCGGAUAUUCAAUACAAUUGAUGGAAAUUUGCUCCAAGAGGUACGGAGAGGCGCAGAUAGGGCGGAGAUAUACAGUUUAGCCUUCUCAUCGACUGCCCAAUGGCUGGCUGUCUCCAGUGACAAGGGGACCGUCCAUGUAUUCAGUCUUAAAUUCAAUUCUGGGUCUCUUCAGAAUGAUAUGUAUCAGAAUGAUUCUUCUCUUUCCGUCUCACCAUCUGGCUCCUCAUUUUCGUUCAUCAAAGGUGUGCUGCCAAAGUAUUUCAAGUCAGAGUGGUCUGUUGCUCAGUUUCGAUUGCAUGAAGGGUCUCGGUAUGUUGUUGCGUUUGGUCACCAGAAGAAUACAGUGGUGAUCCUUGGAAUGGAUGGAAGCUUCUACCGAUGCCAAUUUGAUGCGGUGAAUGGCGGAGAGAUGACACAGCUUGAAUAUCACAACUUUCUAAUGCCAGAGGAAGCCUUCUAGCCCACUGUACUCUUUAUUUCAGUUCUGUUGUAUGCAUAUUCUCUUCCUAGAUCCUCUAUUGCUUGUAAAUAGAUCUAUGCAUGUACAGAUUGGCCUAUGUUCGUCUCAGGGGGGAAAAAAGAAAAAAUAGAAGAAUUCUAUUAUUGCCACCCAUGCUCAUAUUUAAUUUUUUUUAACUUUUUGGCCUUAUGAACAAUUGUUUACUCCAAACAUGGGGGAAAAGAAAACAUGUCUCCUAAAAUUAUUGCGAAUGAAAUAGACUUUGAUUGACUGUAA